AUGGACACUGAUGGACACCUCCGGUUCCUGUCCAAAUACGGCUGGGCCGAGGCGCCCGCGGGUUUGGGGGCCAGGGGUCCCCACAACGCCCCCCCCCCUGAGCGCCCCGCGGGCGCUGCUCUGGCCAAGACUCUGCGCAAGUUCCAGAAGGUCAACGCGCUGCCAGCGAGCGGGGAGCUGGACGCGGCCACGCUGGCGGCCAUGAACCGGCCUCGCUGCGGCGUCCCGGACACUGAGCCCCAGCUGCAGGCCACCAGCACUGCACCCCAGACCCGGCCCACCCCGCUGGGCCAGCGCCCCAGGGCCCGCCCGAAGCGCUUCCUGCAGACUCUGCGCCCAGGACCGGACCUGCAGCCCAAGGGCUCCCCUCAGGGUGGGGGCACCUGGGCCUUCGCCAAAAAGACCCUGACCUGGAGGCUGGUGGCGGAGGGCUACAGCAGCCAGCUCUCCGUGGAGGAGCAGAGGUACAUCUUCCGCCUGGCCUUCAGGAUGUGGAGCGAGGUGAUGCCACUGGACUUUCGUGAGGACCUCACUGGCCCUGCAGCCACGAUUGACAUAAAGCUGGGUUUUGGACGAGGCCGGCACCUGGGCUGUCCCCGGGUUUUUGAUGGGAGUGGACAGGAGUUUGCACAUGCCUGGCGCCUGGGCGAUAUUCACUUUGACGAUGAUGAACACUUCACACCUCCCACCAGCGACAGGGGCAUCAGCCUUCUCAAAGUGGCCGUCCAUGAAAUUGGCCAUGUCCUCGGCUUGCCUCACACCUACAGGACAGGAUCCGUAAUGCAGCCAAAUUAUCUGCCCCAGGGGCCUGCGUUUGAGUUGGACUGGUCAGACAGGAAGGCAGUUCAAAAGCUGUAUGGCUCAUGCGAAGGCUCAUUUGACACUGCGUUUGACUGGAUCCGCAGAGAGGAAGACCACCGCGGGGCGGCGCUGCUGAGGUUUAGCACGUACUUUUUCCGCAACAGCUGGUACUGGCUCUACGAGAACCGGAACAACCGGACACGCUACGGGGACCCCAUCCGCAUCGUCGCAGGCUGGCAGGGCGUCCCAGCCCAGAACAUAGACGCUGUCGUCCACGUCUGGACCUGGAGAAGGGACGAACGUUAUUUCUUUAAAGGAAAUCAGUACUGGAGAUAUGACAGUGACAAGGAUCAGGCCCACACCGAAGACGAACAAGGAAAAAGCUACCCCAAACUGAUUUCAGAAGGAUUUCCUGGGAUCCCAAGCCCCCUGGACACUGCCUUCUAUGACCGAAGGAAGCAGCUAAUUUACUUCUUCAAAGGGUCCCUCGUGUUCGCAUUCGACGUCAACAGGAAUCAAGUCCUUGGGUCGUACCCGAAGAAGAUGACCGACGUCUUCCCGGCCGUAGAGCCGCAGAGCCACCCCGUCAGACACCUGGACGCGGCCUACUACUCCUACGCGCACAAGGCCGUCUUCCUCUUCAAAGGCCACCAGUACUGGAAAGUGGUGAGUGACGAGGACAGACGCCGGCGCCCUGGGCUCCCUUCCAACGGCGUGCUCCCCCCGCGGCCGAUCUCGGGGACGUGGUUCGACGUGUGUGACGUCCACACCUCCACCCUGAACAUGUGAUGAGGGAACCAGGCCGAUGCAGAGCCCAAGGGUUUCGCUCCUAAGAGGAAGAGUCUGGGAUUUAGUAACAGAUGCGGAUGGGGCUCCCUAAGUUACAGCCCAGCGGGAAGGGCAUUACCUGAACUUUGAUUCAAAAAUCAGUUUCUCGGGGAGUCAUUUCCCAAGUCAUUUUACACAUUGUUUCGGAAAGGUUAAAAAUGAGUCCCGAGGAAUCGCUCUUUGCUUCCCACUCUCUCCAGGGCUCCGUAGCGAGGUCCCGACACUGUCCCCUGCCCCCGCCCCUCCCCCCAUUUCCUGGGUAGCCAGGAACAUGGCCAUAGCCAGGGGUUCUCAUCAGAGAAGACACCUCUCCCCAAGGACAUGAAAGUGUUACUGCACUGAGCUUAAGGAUUCAGUGGGAAAGGACGCAGAAUUUGAAUGAACUACACUCCAAGAUCGUCAAGAGUAAUUCAUACUUUGUAACACUUGACCGUGUUCAUGGACUUUCUUUCCAAGCAUCUCUCUCGAUCUUCACAACUCUGUCCCAGUGGCAGGACAGACACUACUGUGCACAUUCCGGCCAAAGACGCUGAAUGAAGCUCACUAGUUGUGUCCUGUCCAAGGUCAAAGGCAGUGGUCGCCCUUGACCUUCACCUCCCUGCAGCCUAGCGCCCUUGCCCUCACUGCACUCCUGGAGGGCUUUGUUUGAAUACAGCCUGCACCCCACGUGGCGCUGCACAGAACAGCCUCUGGCCUGCCACAGGUCAUGUAACGCGCUCCUUCCUCUUCCAAGCAGGAAACACUUUAUUUGGCAGUUUGUUUAUGUUCUGAGGGUGAGGCUCUGGAAGGUAACUGGAUGACUAGUUUUCCUGUAUCAGUUUUCUCUAGGGCAGGCAUCACGUCCCAUUACCUCUUAACACAAAAACUCUCAAUGUCGUCCGGAACGAGGUGCACAAAACAGGCACUGAAACUAACUGAAAAAGAUUCAGUGGUCUCGACGAUCGGGGUACAAAUAACAGUUCUUAAAGGAACAGCUAAAACUGAAGCACUUUAGGGAGCUUUCAUUUAAAAUCAGCAAAAUACAAAAACAUUUGUAAAAUACCCUUUGAACCCCUGUAGGAACUUUCAUACUAUUGCUUUGACAAGGGAAGAUAGCUAGUAUUUUUAUCUUCGUGCUUAAAAACAAAUUUCCCUCUUGACUGAAAGGCUGUUUGGCUAAGGCGAGGUGAUUAGACUAAGCAAGCAACUCUCAUCCCCAACUCCAGCUUGUUUCUACUUCAGUAGAAAACCCUUUUCGAAUUCGUGAAUCCAAAGUUAGAUGUGUACGAGGGAAGUGUCCAGGUUAACUCGCAAGGACAGUGUGACCCUGGGUGUGCUUGCUGUGGCGGGAGGCGGUGGGGGGGGGAGCAGAAUGGCAGCAGUCCCGAUAGGGGACAUUGCUGACUUUGUACAACUGCUUUAUAAUUUAGUCAAACCUUUAAACGUUUCGACGAUUAAUAUUUGAAAAUUGAUGCAAGUCUGUCCUAAGGACAAUGCAACUAAAAAACAAGGAAGUGGACAAAUGGCAAGAAAUAGUUCUGCCAAGUUAUGACAGAUGUCAACUCACCGACAAGGGACACACCUGAAAAUCUCAGUGUACGAGAAAGCAGCUGGUAAAAAUCGAGCUUAAAACAGGUUUGUUCCAGACCAUUUCCUAGCACAGGUCAGAUCCCUUCAGAGGCGUGGCUGGAGGAUCUGCAGUGGGAAUGACCGCAGCUGUUGCCGACAGAGGUCACGGGCGCCUCGUCCCUCGCUCAGGACCAGGCCAGAGGGCUGGGGUGCCAGGCAAGCUCGUCUGCAGAGGCGGCCUGCACACCAGCCCAGACCGUCGCCCUGACAGGGAAGAGGAUGCCUGACGUGUUGCGUUACUGUUCUUGCAACCGCGAUCAGUAACUACGGUGGGACGAGCACAGCACCGAACGCGUCCGCAUGCACCGGACAGGAGCCACCGAGCGGCAGCGAGCGAUGCAUAGAAUCCAGGGAGGAUUUAGUGUAUGGCAGAAUUUUGUUUUUAAUAUUUGAAUCUUUACUUUGUAAAAUGUAUUAACCGCAUCAAAACUCAAUGUGAGGAAUAUAAAAUGG